AUGAACCCCGUCGUUUUACUAUGUUCCUGGUACCUCUUUGGCUUAAGUAUAGGAACAGACUUUGUUUGUUCUUGUUCUACUACACCGAAGAGUGAGGGUCCAGGAAGUUCGGUGAUGUCCAAAUUGAGGGACUUGUUUGGAACGAAACAGCAAGAAAGGGAAAGGAACAUUAUAACAUAUAAAUUUGUAAAGCACACAUGUGAGGAGAAAAGUCAAGGCAAAAAUGACAAGAACCAAAAUGGAAAUGGGUUUGAAGUGUCUCAUGUGAAUAGGCUAAUUUACAUUAACGAAUUGAAAACCUUCAUCUUGGGUGCAUACAUACCAUAUAUAUAUAUGAGUGUGAGGGACAUUUAUAUAGUGUUGAACAAAAUAAAGGAGUUAAAUUUUAAUACAGUAUAUACCUUUUUGUUUUGGCCUGAAAAUGAAUACUUGGAAGAUUUUUAUGAUACAACCAAGUCGAAGCUUUUCUACUUACUAAACUUUUGUGCAUCCAAUGGGCUAUUUGUUAUAUUAGACAUAGGGCCCUACAUAGACAAUAUAUAUAACUCGAAUAUUCCCACUUAUGUUUUGUUCAGCAAAAAAUUGAAUGAGUAUAUUAGGGAUGUGUAUAAAGAAAAGGAAAGGAAAAAAAGUAUAUUUACAAAAAGAAUUGGAGAUUACUUAUUUUUGAAUCUUUUUGGAAAGGGAAGGAGUGUGGUCGUAAGUGAAGAUCCUGAAAAUGUGAAAAGGGAAGACAUAGAACAUGAAAUAGGUAGGAAGAAAGCUUCUUAUACAAAGGGAUAUUAUACAUACAACAAUAUAUAUAGCUUGUAUUAUUUUCAGAGGGCUAUAAAAUGGUUUAAUUACAUUCUUCCUCGUUUGAAAAAAUAUUCCAACAUAAAUAAUGGACCAAUUAUCUACCUGAACAUUGACAAGACAUUUGAUAAUUAUUACAUGUACGUAAUUAUAAAUUUGAAGCGCAGGAAUUAUUUUAAAAACAUAUGCAAUGUGGAGAGCUAUUUUAAGGGUUCCAAAUCGGAAGGGGAAUCGUUUUUAAAUUGUGUCCUUAAUUUUUUCAAACGGGUUAAAAGGAGCUACAUACUUACACUAGGGUAUAUUUUGUAUGCUAGGUUUAACCAGUAUAUGAGAAUUUUGAAGGAGUACGAAUUAGGGUUGAUGUACAUUAACGAGAUUUACAAAUUGGUACAAUUGCAUUUCGGAAAAAUUAACACGCUGACGACAAACUACCCUUAUAUUAAAGAGGAAUUUAUUAACUCUUAUGCAGGGAACAAUUGCUACAAUCAUUUUUUCCAUAACAACUGGUUUGACAAUGAGUGCAUAAAGUUGAACAAGCCUUGUAUCUGGUCACAGGUCUGGACUGGUGCCAAGUACAGCAUACAUAAUGUUAACUCGCCUAGCAUUUUGAGACGACACUUCCAGGACCCCAUCGUGUAUGAUUCUUCCCCGUCGAUCGUGUCCCCGGUCAGCGAACUGCUACCGCGCGAGAGCAGGAACUUUAAUCUCGACGAGGUAAAGCAACCCCCCACGGGGCGCGAAGCGGGGGACGAAGCGGGGGACGAAGCGGGGGACGAAGCGGGGGACGACACAUUAGACGAAACGCUAGACGACACGGGACAUGCCGCAGACCAGGAGGACCUUUCUGAAGACUCCUCGGAGGACGCCCCCCAGGGAGAAAUUCACGUGGGCGUGAAAAGGGUCCAGAACCGAUACAGCAGCAACAACUACAUUGGCCACAUAAGAAAUUUCAAGGAUCUGACGUACAAUAUAUUAGUGUUCCUAGCUAAGGGAGGGGUGUUCCUCAACAUAUUCCCCUUCUACAGUGGCAAUAACAUAAACAACACGCACACGUACUUGGAGCACUACAGCAAGGAAACGGGACAACCCCUCGACCUGUACUUUAACCAGAAGGAACCUCUAUACUCACACAUUAAGAAGAUAUUCAAAAUUUUAUACAAAUAUGGGCACCACUUACUGAAAAGUGAAUACUACAUACGGCCAGUGAAAAUUUCCACGAACAUUGAAAUGUACGACUAUAACGUUAUUAAGAUCAUUUGCAACCACAACAUUAAGGGAAGCACCUACGUAAAGGUUGGGCCUCUGAAUUACAACAUCAACAGCUUUAGCUGCAUUGUGUAUAAUGAAUAUAAGAAGAAAAUUAUUUACGAUUCUUCCUUCAAUUACAAUUACGAAGUGUCGUUUAUUAAUAGAAAGGAGGUGUACCCCCCAAUUGACAAGUAUCUGUACUCCCUGAACGCUGCGACGUCUGGCCCCUUGAUGUGUAUGAGGGAGGACAAAAGGGAGGGCAUAAAAAGUGGCACAGGGGGAGGAUUGCUUCCGAAAAGCGUUGCAAAGCAUAUGAAAAAUUUUCCGAAUUUCUUCUCAAAUAACUACUUACACCGUGUACACGAAAUUAACGUACUUAACCACUUUUAUUUGACUCUCGAUUUUACAAAAUUCCAGUGGUACAUAAUUGCCAUGAGAGAUGACGUGAACUAUGUGAAGUUGUUCCUGAGUAAUUACAGCUUUUACGUGUACGUGUAUGCGGAUGGUAAGUUUAUUUACGGUGGGUUUAACGAGUACAAGUAUAUCGAACUACUGAACGUGAAGAAGGUCUACAUUAUUUGCGCAAAUCUAGGUCUGGGCUUCCCAAAGGAGAGCAUCAGAACGGAUUUCCUGAACCACAUAAAUUUGAAUGAUUUAAAGAAGGAUUAUUUUUUUUUUCAACAUGGAGCUAGCCAAAAUGAAAUAAAAGAAAAAAAAAAAAAUAUAAAUGAAAACGCCAAAGACAGCAAGACAUGUGUGCAAGGUGAUGUAGGAGAAGAAUCAGACGAAGGGAAAGAUACAAACAGUACGUGCAAUAAGAUUAGUAGUAUCUUCGACGAUUUGGAGCACACAACGCUGGAUGUGCAUAGCAACAAAAAUGGUUGCAGCAGCAUGGAAGAUGAAAAGGAACAAAUUAUGCACAAUUACUACUCGGGAGAAAGUACCGAUACGUUCAUAUUUGUUGUCACCCGGAAUGAAUACGAUUUGUACAGCUGUGUGGGUCUACAUGGAGAGAUAAUAAAAAAUGAGAAAAACGUAGAAGUGUACAAGAAAAUGUACAACAUGGUUGACUACACGUACAUAAAACAGGAUUUGCUAAACAGGGGGAGAGGACAAAAGCAGAAGAAGGGGGAAGCAUCAAGAAGCGGAAGCGAAGAGGUGGAACACAAAAAUAUGAACUUGGAAACACUGCUGGAUAGUAAAAAAACGGAAAUGAAAAGUAUAACUAAUUCAUUCAUAAAAAUGUGUUCGUCUCGAUUUUUCUCGUUUUUUUUUAACAAAAUUAAGUAUUAUUGCAAAAUGGGGAUUUUUAAAUAUUUAAACAAAUUCAGCAAGGUGAAUAUGGACAGCAUCAAUUCACCUCUAACAUGGUACACUUUGUUGUAUUUUGUAAAAAAUGUGGACUACAUAAGAUCGAAAUAUUCGCUAAGGCUAUCUGCUUACGAUGAAAAAGUGAAAGAAAUUGAUGGGCUGAGUCGCGGGUUUGUCUACAUUAACAACCACAUGUUGGGAAGCUUUUGGAUAACGGACGAUAAGGAAAGUUACGAAAAUGAAAUAAAUGAAGAGAAUAAAUUAAAAAAGAGGACAAAAUUGAAAAAGGACAAAAAAACCCAAUUUGCUACGAAUGAAAAUUUAAUUAGUAUCCCACAAACACGGUACAUGCGCAUACCAACGGACUGGCUGAUCGAAGGAAUAAACGUCGUCAUUGUUUUUGACGAAUUUGGGGGGAACCCGUACAAAGUCGAACUCGUGCGUGAAGUGCUAGAAGGGGGGGUAUACCGGCUGACCAAGAAGGAGAAGUAUGUAAAUUGGAUUUUGUUCCUCUUCAUUUUGAGCAUUAUUGUUUUCAUUACGUAUUUCUGCUUGAAGGCUUUGCACAACUAUUUUAAAAUAAAGGAGGAGAAAGAGAGGAACAAACAGAAUUAUCAAAAUAUUAUCGAAAACAUAAUUACACAUAAUAUUUAUGUGAACAGUUCAUACGAUGAUGCCACGGAGGAAACGGCGUCUGAGGACAUUCAGAAUGUCAGCGAGUUUUUGGACUCUUGA